UAGUAAUCUUCUGGAACAUUUGCUUUCAGCUAAUUUACUGAAGUGUCUGAUAAGCAGCUUGAUGGACCAGUCUGCCGUCCUUUACAACGCAGCUCGGCAUCUAGUGCAAGUGCUGGUUAAUGUCCCUUCGUACUGCGCACUUCCCUGCAUCCGCCGAUUUUUGGGGCCUCACGGGCAUUUCUACUUUGACGAAGUCACUAAGACAACUACUGUGCAACAGCUGCUUUUAAAGUUGGAUAUUUCUUCGCUGGAAAGUUAUUUGGAUUUUCUGUUUACUUCUUUUAUAAGAGUGGAAGGAAUUGAAAGUUUGACCGGUGAAAAAAACAGCCGCUUAGUGGCUAGUAAAGCAUUUUUAUCUCGGCGUUCUACUAUUAAAAAGAUGAGAGGCCUGCUUAGCCUUCCUUUAACUGUUCAAAAAGAAGUUAUAAUUGGGAAAGUAGUCAAAUUUUUAUCGCUUUACGGAAAUUUUACUGUGAACGGUAAAGAACCAUCUCUUGAAACACUCUUCCCGUCUGAAACUUACGUGGCUGCCCCCAUCCCUCCUCUCUGCUCAGAGACACGAUUUCUUUGCCAAUCCCUGGCGGCCUACAUUUUCUCCAACGUUAGCGCUUGGCUACAUCGGCCUUCUAAGCGUAACACCAAGCAAAAAAGCACGGCUGGCAGCUUUGAGCAUUUCUCUGAAUUGCUGCUUGUCGAACAUUUUCGCUUUAACAAGCAGCUCUUCCUUCUUUCUUUGCGGCGGCAUAGCGCAGUAGCUUCUUUGCUAGACGACCAGUUUGCUACGUUAUUCCAAUCGGCCCUAGAGCUGGAGCACAAACUUUUCGUUCGCCAGAGCUUAGAUUCUGCACUUUCGAAGCGCUUUCGGGGCCUUUACCUACUAUUAUUGCACUGCGGAGUUUUGAUGCUGCAAGAACCCCACGAAUACGCUGGCAUUGUCAGUGACCUGCUUAAAUGUAACGAGAAAUUCACUACUGAAGAUGAUGCUGCUGGUCCUGGUGCCGCUGGUGUCGUAGUGGACAUCAUUCUAUCACUGCUGGCGAGGCCUGCAGUAUGCAUACGGCCUCUCUGCUUGGAAGUGUUUUGCUGUAUCUCCCCCUUCCUUGAUGGUGAGAGCCUUUUGCAUGUCGUUGAAGUACUAGAAGUGGACGAGAAGACUUUUGUUAAUUCGCGUCUGCAAACGAGCGAUAUUGAGCAGGAGGAAAGUGAAGAAGAUAACCUGUGUUAUGAAAGGGGAGUAGAAGAAGUGGAUACGGUCAGAGAGCAUUCACAGGAAACUGCACAGGAAGAAAUGCCCGACUUGACUGAUGAGCAAAUGGCUCAGUUUGAUGGGGCGCUUUCUCUUAUAUUCAAACAACGCAAAGAAAUUCAACAGCGUAAAAAGGAGACCGCCGCUCUAUACGCUCAUCUUCAGCUCCGCGUAGUAGAACUUUUGAAUGUAUACCUUCAGGCACAGCCAACCAACCCCCUAUUGCUGAGGCUCAUUGCUCCCUUGUUAGUGGGGUUUCGCAUGUGUACUAAGAAGACUACUGGACAAGCUAAUCAUCUCGCUAGCCUUAUACUUCUCUUGCUGAAAAAGUUGUUUAGAAGUAAAAAGGAAGCUUUAAUUAUGAUGGCGAAGGGAGCAAGUGAAGAAAUUGUGUCUACGCUGAAGCGUGUUGUUACUCUUUUUGAUAAAACUAGCGAAGCGCGAGUGACUGGGCCCUCGUUGGAGGCGAUCCGCUUUUUGCUCGACCUAGCAAAGGAGCAUUCGCAGUGGCCUGCUAAGUUUGCUACCGAUUUAACUGUUUUAUAUGGUGUUGCACUUAAAGAUUUUGCUGGCAAGAGAUCUACUCUAUAUAAUUCAAAAUUCUUUGAACAGUAUAUUUCCCAGUGCCCCGAAUUUUCGGUGUCAUUUCUUUAUUCUUGCGUGGAUUCUUUAAAAAUUUCCAGAAACAAUUACUCUUCUGUUCGUAUUUUGGAGUUUAUUAGGGCUUUGCUAAACAAAAAAAGCAAAUUAAAGCGUUCUCUUGUUGAAAAUGGCAUUAGUAGCCACUGUGCUUCUCUUCUUGGUGGAUUAACCGACUUUAUAAGCAGUUUUACUAGUAACUUUUUUCCAGAAUCGAAGCCGCCUCAAAAGAAAUAUCAAGCCAAUCUUAAGUAUUUCAGUUUAUAUUUAAAUCAUCUCCUUUCCAUCUUGCAGCAUUUGAAAAACUUAAAAGCAUUUGAGAGUUGCAAGGAUAUUAUUAUAGAACGGCUUAUGACCAAAAUACAGUUCAUUUCCGAUUCUUACUUUUGCAGAGACAAACCCAACGUUUCUACUCUUUGUCGUCAGAUUAAAACAAUACUGUGUGAUGUGAGUUGUGUUAAAAGGGCCAACGUUCACUCUGCUUCUGGUAAGAGAAAAAAGUUAACUACAGAUAUCAACACACAACUUGCGCUUGCAAAAAGGAAAUUAUCGAAUUAGGAAAGAAAGUAAAGAU